AGGAUCUUACACCUGCCAAGGUACGAGGAAGAUCAUGGCGUCCGAUGGCAAGAGCAAGAUCCUUGUGAUCGGCGCGACGGGGUACAUCGGCAGGCACGUCGUCGCCGCCAGCGCGCGGCUCGGCCACCCCACCCUGGCGCUCGUCCGGGACGCCGCCCCCUCCGACCCGGCCAAGGCGCAGCUGCUCAAGACCUUCCAGGACUCGGGCGUCACGCUCCUCACGGGCGAUCUCCACGACCACGGUAGCCUGCUGAGCGCCGUCAAGGCGGCCGACGUCGUCAUCUCCACGCUGGGCUCGAUGCAGAUCGCCGACCAGACCAAGCUCAUCGCCGCCAUCAAGGAGGCCGGCAACGUGAAGAGGUUCUUCCCGUCGGAGUUCGGGCUGGACGUGGACCGCACCGGCGCCGUGGAGCCGGCCAAGUCCAUCUUCGCCCUCAAGGCGGGCAUCCGCCGCGCCGUCGAGGCCGAGGGCAUCCCCUACACCUACGUGGUGGCCAACUACUUCGCCGGGUACUCGCUGCCCACCAUCGGGCAGGUGCUCUCCCCGGCGCCCCCGACCGACAGCGUCGUCAUCCUCGGCGACGGCGAGACCAAGGUGGUCUUCGUGGACGAGGCGGACAUCGGCACGUACACGGUGCUGGCGGCGGACGACCCCCGGGCGGAGAACAAGGUGCUGUACAUCAAGCCGCCGGCCAACACGCUGUCGCACAACGAGCUGGCGUCGCUGUGGGAGAAGAAGACCGGCAAGACGUUCCAGAGGGUGUACGUCCCCGAGGACGCCGUCCUCAAGCAGAUCCAAGAGGCGCCGAUCCCGAUGAACAUCAUCUUCUCGAUCGGCCACGCGUCGUACAUCAAGGGGGACCAGACCAACAUCGAGAUCGCGCCGUCGUUCGGCGUGGAGGCGAGCGAGCUGUACCCUGACGUCAAGUACACCACCGUCGACGACUUACUCAACAGGUUCCUCUGAAGAUAUGCUGCUGAUCUAUCUGUAUUUGAGGCCGGUCAGAUAGAUAUGAACGGACUGUGUGUGUUUGGUACUGAUGAUGUCCGAUGAGUCGACAGUCGUAUGCUUCUGGUUACUUUUGUUGGUUUGUACGUAUGUCCUCCCUCAUGGAUGAAUAAACUACCCGGGAUGUCUCUUUGAUUUUCUUUAA